CCACUUUCCUGGCCCCCCGGCAUUUGGGCGCAGCUUCAGGGAUCCAUUGCCCUGGCCAGUGCCUGAAGCGAGGCAGAGGGGAGUGCACCAAGGAGCAACAGCAGCAGCAGCCAUCCCACGCCCCGGUCUCCACUGCCGCUGGCCUGUGCAAACGCCGUGCGAGGUGGAGAUGCCCGGUGCACGGCGAGCAGGCAAUUCACCCCGCAUUGUUCCACUUGCUUCCUUUUACUCUUCACCACAACACGUAGAUCAUAUCAAGCCCACUUUUGCUCAACACAACUACACACACAUACAACUACAACAAUGGCAUCGCUCGUCAACACUCUCGCCAGCAAGGUCGCCGAGGCCAUCCCCUCUAUCAAGGAGGGAUCUACCAUCCCUUCGGGCUACGCCAUCAAGGAGGACAACCCUGAGCAAGCUACUGUCGACCUCGGCAAGCUCGCCGGCAAGAACCUGAUCAUCGGUGUUCCAGGAGCCUUCACUCCCCCCUGCUCCUCUCACGUGCCCGGCUACGUUGGUUCCUACGACAAGUUCUCUGCCAAGGGUAUCAAGGACAUUUACAUCGUUGCCGUCAACGACGCUUUUGCCACUCAGGCAUGGAAGGAGAAGCUGGACUCCAAGCAGCCCAACGUGCACUUCCUGGCCGAUGACACUGGUGCCUUCACCAAUGCCGUCGGUCUGGGCUUCGACGCCACUGGCCUGCUGGGCAAUGCCAGAAGUCAGCGAUACGUCGCCGUCGUUGAGAACAACAGCGUCUCUCAGCUCUUUGUUGAGCAGGCCGCUCCCGAUGUCAAGGUCACUGCUGCCGACCACGUUCUGUCGCAGCUGAAGUAAGGAAGGACAUGUGAGGGACGUCUGAAAGAUGUCAUGGCGGCAAGGAGAGAUUGUAGAAACAAAGAAUGAAAAUUUCGUUACACUGACUCACAUCCAGAAAAGAAAAAAUAGGCGAAGGCGAGAUGGGUGUGAUGCAGUCUGUCCCACUCCUGAGGUCCCGCAAUGUUCUCUCGGCGGUGUGUGU